AUGUGUGGUCCACUCAACACUUCACGUCUUCUUGCUGCAGCAUCGAUCAUGGCCGCUCCAGGAGGAUCUCAACAAUCAACUGCGUCAGCAACUCCAGCCAGCGUGCCAGCUAAGUCACCAGGAAUGCCAGAGAGCCCGACGACGAAAGCGAAGUUGAACCCUCCGCUAGUCAAGGGAAAAGCUCAGGUCAAACUCAAGGGACCAAUCAAUGUAGGAAUAGAAGUGAAAGAUUCUAAGGUACGCAGUAUACAAGCUUUUUCGCAGCUGAUCGGAUACCUUUAUGUGGGAGAUGUGAUCGUUUCCGUCAAUGGAUCGAAGGUAACGAAUACACAAGAGUUUUCUACGGCAGUCAAUGCAAAUCUGCCAGGAACAGUGGUAAUAGACUAUCUCAGAGAUGAAAUGUGCACUUUUGUCAUGAAGCCAUUACCUCAAAAAAGACCAGGCUACGAUCAGUUUGAAAUCACUCUUGUAUGGAGAUCUGGUGGAACUCCGAUUGGACUAUUGAUACAUAGAGAUUUCUCCGGAAAAGUAGUGGUGGCGAUGGUGGAGAGCGGCUGCACAGCAUCAAAAGUUGUCAAACCAGGAGACGUGUUGUUGAAAGUAAACAGCGUUGACAUCAAGGACAGAGAUGUCGCCAGAAAACUAAUUAUGGGCAGCAUCAACUAUUCAAAGAAGGUGAAACUCACUCUGGAGCGCUGCAGUCUGCCGUCGGCAGGACAAAGAGAUGUAAUAGCUCCUCCGCCUGUCCCAAAGCCCACAACUCCUCCGGCGGUGUCUCCUGUGGCCAGCAGCGCAGCGCAGCCGGAGCAGCCAGUGCAGCCGCCGCAGUCAGCACAGCCAGCGCCGGCAAAACCAGCGCUAUCGCCGGCAGCUCAGCCAGUUCCAGCACAGAAAACAUCCUCUGUCCCUAACCUCGCUAUCCCUCCGGUGAACACCAAGGUAGACGUACCGUUGCCAGCGGAUGUGCUUGCAAUAUUAGAGGCGAAUAAGAAUUUUUACCUCACCCCAUGCACUUUACCUCCGUGCCUCAAGAAGAGUAAAGAGGUGACCACACCAAAAGAAGCACAUCUGGAUAUUCCACAAGGAGCAUGCACUGAAGCGAUAAUUCCCUACGAUCCCUCACCAAAACCACUGAAGAUGACCCCAAAGAGGGUGGGAUCAUGAACAAAAGAUAUACUGAAU